AAAAACAAAAAUUACGAGACGACAGUGAGGUAAUCGAAGGCUUUGGUCUCUCAAACAUAGCCAGCCAGCUGCCAGAUCUGCUAAGUCGAUCAAUCGAUAAAAUAAAAUCCAGAUUUCAAGAAACUUGUACUUUUUUGUUCUGUAAAUCUGUUUCGUUGUGUUGAGAGGAGGUAGAACUAGAAGAGGCAGCAAUGGAUGCUUUUAGAAGGCAAGCCAGCAAGCUCAGAGAACAAGUUGCCAAGCAACAGCAGGCUGUAAUAAAGCAAUUCAGUGGAACUGGUUAUGAGAGCUCAGAUGUUGUAGUUAUUGAUGAGAUUGAGAUGCAAAGGCAUCAACAACUGGACAAAUUGUACAAGUCCACUCGUUCAGCUAGGGAUUUUCAAAAAGAAGUUAUUAAAGCUGCAGAAGCAUUUACAGCCAUCGGGUAUAAGCAUAUUGAAACAGGAACCAAGUUCUCUGAAGAAUGCUGCCGUUAUGGAACUGAAAACAGUGAAAACAUCAACGAAAAUAUUCUUGCCAAAGCUGCAGCUAUUUAUGGUGAUGGUUGUAAACAUGUAGAGAAGGAGCAAGAAGAUUUGAUUAAGUUGUUAUCCCAACAGGUUUUGGAUCCCUUGAGAGCAAUGAGUGCUGGUGCUCCUUUGGAAGAUGCUCGUCAUCUUGCUCAACGCUAUAGUCGAAUGAGGCAGGAAGCUGAGGUACUGCAGGCAGCAGAUAUUUCCAGAAGACAAGCAAGAAUAAGAGAAGCGCCAAUUCCUGAAAAUGUUGCGAAGUUGCAUGCUGCUGAAGCAAAGAUGCAGGAACUGAAAGCAAAUAUGGCAGUUCUGGGUAAAGAAGCUUCUGCUGCAUUGGCUGCUGUUGAAGCACAGCAGCAAAGACUAACUUUACAGAGGCUUGUAGCUAUGGUUGAAGGGGAAAAGACUUAUCAUUUAAGAGUGGCUGCAAUUCUUAAUGAGAUUGAAGCGGAGAUGGUUUCUGAGAAACAGCGCAAAGAAUCUGCUCCUCCCGUGAUUGUACCUGAGCAUGGCUCAGAGAAAACUAUGUAUUACUUGGCUGAAGCAACAUAUCCCUUUUCUGCUUCAUCUGAGAAGGAACUGAGCUUGUCAAUAGGUGACUUUGUUGUUGUGCGAAAGGUAAGUCCAACUGGAUGGUCAGAAGGAGAAUGCAAGGGCAAAGCAGGGUGGUUUCCAUCAGCUUAUGUUGAGAAGCGCCAGAGACUUCCAUCGAGUAAUCCAGCUGGUGAAGUCUAUUGAGUUAUAAACAUGAGUUAAACAUUUACCCCUCCGGAAAAGGGAAAGAAGAAAGAAAAAAGAGGAAGGCAUAGCUUUUUUUCAUUGCACAAUUCUUUUUGUUAUGGGGAAAAAAGACAUCAUGGGUUCUUUCGCGAUGUUCAUUCUCUUGCCUUGUAUGUAUAUUGAGAUACUACAAAGGUUACAACGUGUUGGUAUUUAUAUUCAUUUUGGCAACGUUUGUAUAAGUGAAGAUUUUAUUGACUUGGACAAAAUGCAUUGUUUCGUUGACUGCA